AUGUGUCGUUUUGUAACAGACUACAUAAAAUCUUAUGAAUUCAGAUGUUCUGAUGGCCAAAUUAAAGUCAGAAUGACCAAUCAGCGCAUUGUGAUUAAUGUUAGCGGUCUUCGUUUUGAAACUCAUACAGACACUCUUAAUCGCUUUCCCAAUACCCUUCUUGGUUGUCCUUUCAGGAGAAGCCGUUACUACGACUCCCUCAGAAAUGAAUAUUUUUUCGACAGGAAUCGUCCAAGUUUUGAUGCAAUACUUUAUUUUUAUCAAAGUGGUGGGAGGCUUAGAAGACCAGUUAACGUACCAAUUGACGUUUUUACUGAGGAAAUAAAGUUUUAUGAUCUAGGAGAAGAAAUAUUCGAACGUUACCGUGAAGAUGAAGGUUUUACUAAAGAGGAUGUACAUAUUCUUCCUAAAAAUAAAUUUCAGAGAAAAGUUUGGCUGCUUUUUGAGUACCCUGAGAGUUCAAUUGCAGCGAGAUGUGUAGCCAUUAUUUCCCUACUAGUCAUUCUCAUUUCAAUUAUUAUUUUUUGUGUUGAGACUUUGCCGCAUUUCAGACAUUAUGAACUUGAGUUUAUCGAAGGUCCUACUAAACUACCAACUAUUUCUGCUGUAGAUACCCCUCAAGUUACAGGAACACUGUUCAUCCUAGAGUCUAUUUGUGUUGUUUGGUACACUUUUGAGCUGUUAGCUCGUUUUGCAGCUUGCCCACAAAAAUUGGCGUUUUUCAAACAAGUAAUGAACUUGAUCGAUGUUGUAUCAAUCAUUCCGUACGCAAUAUCAAUUGGUGCACUAUUAGCAGAAACUACUAAAACACAGAACCAAGCUAUGUCAUUAUCCAUAUUGAGAGUGAUUCGACUGGUGAGAGUCUUUCGUAUCUUCAAACUAUCUCGUCAUUCUAAAGGACUACAGGUUCUUGGAAGAACACUUAAAGCAAGUUUUAGAGAAUUAUGUCUGCUUUGCUUUUUCCUCUUUGUCUGUGUAGUACUUUUUUCUGCUGCAGUUUAUUUUGCAGAAGUUGAUGGUGGUGAAGAACAAUUUCCAAGUAUUAUACAUGCAUUUUGGUGGGCAGUUGUUACAAUGACUACAGUUGGCUAUGGUGAUAUGAGACCUGUAACAAUGUGGGGUAAAAUUGUAGGUUCAAUGUGUGCAAUAGCUGGUGUUUUAACUAUUGCCCUUCCUGUACCUGUUAUUGUAUCAAAUUUCAACUACUUUUAUCAUAGAGAAUCAGAAAGUGAAGAGCUUACCACCUAUGUUCAUGUUUCAGAUGAUCAAAAACGAUUCAGUUAUCCCGGUGAUAAUUUCAAUGAAGAAGCACUUGAAAGUUCAAAUCCUGAAACAUUAAAUCAAGAAAAAAAUAAAAGUAUUCGAAGAACAGCAGUCUGCCGACAAUCUUUUUCACAGUCUAGUGGACAAGAAAGAUUUCCUUCUGUAAAAAGUAAUGGUGCAGCAUAUACAGAAUUAGAAGCUGAUAAACAAUCCAGUUGUAUAGAUUCUUUAGGUGAAUUAAGCAAUAUCUGUAUGGAAGCAAGAAAUUCUCAAGCGAAUACAAAUCAAGCCUCUAUCUCGUAUAGACAUCAUCUUCAAGCAUUUCAAGAAGUAAUGCAAAAACAUGAUAUGCAAUCACAGAAAUUUAAAGAUCUUUAUCCACAUCAAACAAAUUUCCCAAAUAAACGACUAUCACUUUUCACACAAUCAACAACCAGUCCAGAGGAAUCAUUUUUAAAUAAAACUUGA